AUGGCAUGGCGAUGUUCUGGCGCGACAAAUGCCGAGUUGGUGGAGAACAUGUUCCGUAAAGGUUUGAUAACCGAUGCGACUGUCAAACAGGCAUUUCUAGGGGUCGACAGAGCUCACUACGCACCCUCGCGACCAUACAACGACUCCCCCCAGUCCAUAGGCCACGCGGCCACCAUUUCGGCACCGCACAUGCACGCUUCUGCCGUGGAGAACGUCCUAUCCUACCUCGUCCCCCGGGAUGACGGCCAGUCUCGUCGCGUGCUAGACAUCGGUUCCGGCUCGGGCUACCUGACGCAUAUACUGGCCGAGUUGGCAGGCCCUACCGGUCUAGUAGUCGGGUUGGAACAUAUUCCCGAACUGCGGGAUCUGGGAAGGUCCAACAUGGCCAAGAGUGCUGAGGGACGAAGUCUGCUUGAUUCAGGACGAGUGAAGUUCCGUCUGGGUGAUGGGCGCAAGGGAUGGGUCGAAGGUGGGACCGCCGACUGGGAUGUUAUACAUGUUGGUGCCGCGGCCAAGGAGUUGCAUGCGCCGUUGUUGGAGCAGCUCAAAGCCCCGGGGUGUAUGUUUAUACCCAUUAACGAUGAUGAAUCUGGUGUUGACAAGUCUGCAUGGCGCAUCUCCAAGAACAAAUAUGGACAAGUCACUAAGAAAAAACUAUACGGGGUUAGAUAUGUUCCCCUUACAGAUGCACCGUCGAGGUAG